AUGGCGGCGAAAUUUGCUUUAGGGUCGGAGCCAGUGGCAGGUUCACUCGCACCCUCAAAGAAGAGAGAGUACAGAGUCACUAACAGGCUCCAAGAGGGCAAGAGGCCCUUAUACGCCAUCGUUUUCAACUUCAUCGACUCUCGCUACUUCAACGUCUUCGCCACAGUCGGUGGCAAUCGGGUAACUGUAUACCAAUGUCUAGAAGGGGGUGUGAUCGCUGUGUUGCAGUCUUACAUUGAUGAAGAUAAGGAUGAGUCUUUUUACACUGCAAGCUGGGCAUGCAACGUUGAUGGAAACCCGUUUCUUGUGGCUGGAGGAAUUAAUGGUAUAAUGCGGGUCAUUGAUUGUGGUAGUGAGAAGAUAGACAAGAGUUUUGUUGGCCAUGGGGAUUCAAUAAAUGAAAUCAGGACUCAGCCAUUGAAGUCGUCGCUUGUAGUGUCAGCAAGCAAAGAUGAGUCAGUUCGGCUAUGGAAUGUUCAUACUGGAAUAUGUAUUUUGAUAUUUGCUGGGGCAGGUGGUCACCGCAAUGAAGUCCUGAGUGUGGACUUUCAUCCUUCUGACAUAUAUCGAAUUGCAAGUUGUGGGAUGGACAACACUGUUAAGAUCUGGUCAAUGAAAGAGUUCUGGACCUAUGUAGAAAAAUCUUUCACAUGGACAGAUCUUCCAUCAAAAUUUCCAACAAAAUAUGUGCAAUUUCCCGUAUUCAUAGCCUCCAUUCAUACAAACUAUGUUGACUGUAAUAGGUGGCUUGGUGAUUUUCUCCUCUCAAAGAGUGUUGACAAUGAAAUUGUGCUGUGGGAACCGAAAAUGAAGGAACAGUCUCCUGGGGAGGGUACUGUUGACAUCCUUCAAAAAUACCCAGUUCCAGAGUGUGAUAUUUGGUUUAUCAAGUUUUCCUAUGAUUUCCACUACAAUGCAGCCGCUAUAGCACCAUUCUCAGCUGUUGUGAGGACGGGACUAUUUGGCGCUGGGAUGCCAUGGAAAAUUCUUAAAGCCUAUCCAAGUGGGUACAUUGGCAUGAAUUUCGCUUUUUAUGUUAUAAAAUAUGCGACGCACUUCGGCUUUAGUAUCAGCCCAGUCAUGUUUAACUCUCAGUGCACAUUGAGGGCUCGCAUGGUUUGUGCUCUUAUGGAAGAAGUGAAGCCUUCGUUGGUUGAGGAGAUUCUGCUAGCGCCAUGGGCGUAUUGA